GAAUUUGUGCUAAUUGAAAUUAAAUAUCUUUUAAAUUCAUUUUUGGAAUUCGCACCAUCCUUCUCUCUGAUAUUAAUUGGUAGCUGGUUGAAGAACUUAGCUCCCAUGUAGGAGGGACGUUUUUCAAAGAAUUGUCUCCUAUGUUGUUGAAGUCUAUACGUUCUUCUUGAGCGUGUAUUAUAUUGAUGAUUGACAUACAGGCUUCCGUCUUACCUGGCUCCCUAGAGUAUGCAAAAUAGUGAGAAUACUCUGUGGUGUUUGGUGUGCAAUGUAUUCCUAAUCAACCGCAACGAGGCUGACAAGCAUUUCUGCUCCACUUAUCACCAGCAACGUGUCGAUUAUCUGCUUUAUAUGAAAAGGAACCUCAGCCGAUCGUCAGACAAGGCCGCCGCAUCUGAUGAAAGGAGACCGAAGAUCCACGAAGUUUAUAGAACACCGCACGAUUAUUUUCAGGGUGAGCGUAACAUGACCACUUCUGAGCAGCAUGAAAGGUGGUCACAGAAAAACGAUUUUCCUGGACCUACAUCGGUUGACGAUGGUGGGGAAGGAACAAAUUCGAAGAAGAAACGACCCAGACACAGACCAAACCGCCAUCAUUCCAACGAAUCACAGAGACAAACUUCAAAACCGGGGUUUGAUGACAAGAGAUUGUCAAAAUCGACCCACAGAGGUGACCCAGACUUUGACAGGCAACCUGACCGAUCGUCAAGUAGAAAUAGAACAGACUUUGACAGGCAAUCUAAUAGAGAUGACCCAAACUUUGACCGACAAUCAGUUAUUAGUGACAACAGCGUGUUAUCCAGACCAUCAGUUUGGGGGAGGGAUACACAUAAUAUUAACCCAGGGAUAAAUACAAGUGACUACUGGGGUAGUAGUUGCAUCGAAAAUGGACCUAGGGCUGAUUCUGUGAGUUCUGCAUCAUGGUCUGUAAGGGAUCGAAACCAGGGAGACAGGUACAAAGAUGAUAGAAAUAUGAGGGAUAGAGACCAAAGAGAUAGGAGUGUAGGGGACAGAAAUACGGGUUAUGAUAACACGGUUGGUAAAUCCAGUUUUGAUGGGACGAGGGAUUAUGAGAAUAGGGAGGAGGUUGAGAGGAGGAAUAGAGGGGGAAGUGUGUGGUAUGUAAGUGACGGAAGAGGUUAUGAUGGGACAACGGGUGGAGGGGAGGCUUCUAGAAACCAUGGAUCACAAUUGGUGCAACAAGGACAGCAGACUAUGCAUCCUGGGCAACAAGGACAGCAGGCUAUGCAACCUGUGCAGCAAAUUAUGCAACCAGUGCAGCAAGUUGUUCCACAGACACAACCACAAACAGGAAUGCAACCAGUGAAUCAGUUGCAAUUUGUGCAACAACAGCUGCAGUCUGUUCAAAAUAACAUUCAACUCGUUCAACAGCAGGUGCAACACAUUGCUCAACAAGGCGUGCAACACAUACAACAACCUGUGCAAUUGUUACAACAGCCUAUGCAACAGAUGCAACAACCUGUGCAGUUGUUGCAACAACCUGUGCAACAGAUGCAACAACCUGUGCAAUUGUUGCAACAACCUGUGCAACUGAUGCAACCUGUGCAGUUGUUGCAACAGCAUGUGCAACAUAUGCAACAACCUGUGCAAAUGUUGCAACAACCCAUGCAAUCGCUGCAGCAACCUAUGCAAGUGCUGCAACAAGGUGUUCAACAACCAGUGCAAUUGUUGCAACAGCCUGUGCAACAAAACGUGCAGCCAAUACAACAUGGCGUUCAACAAGCUGUGCAACAACCCAUGCAAAUUUUACGACGACCACAUCCUCAAGGCUCACCUGUUAAAACCGUAGUGCAGAUGUUUCGAGAAGCAAAACAUACCAAGAGGCAUGAUGAUGCCAGAAAACCUCAAUCGGGUGAAACUACAAAAUCCCCCAGUAAGAAGUCCGCUAACCAGUCUCCUACCAAAGACCAAGAGGCUGUUAAAAGACGGACGAAAAACUUUCUGGGCAACACAUAUUUUGGCAGAGACAGACCUCACAUGGAUGUGCCUGAAAAUUGUGACUCUAUCUAUGUCCGCAAUGAAGAGGCGUACGAAAUGGAUGAAGAAGACCUGAAAAAAGUAUUUUCUAUGUUUGGAGAAGUUGUAUCCAUCACAAUACCCAGCAGAAAAAAGCAGCAGAAGAGUAAGCGUCCGCUAUCAAUGAUUGUCACAUUCAAAAACCGAUAUUCAGUUAAAGAGGCUGUCAAGAAGACACUGUUCAUGGGAGGAAAAUUUACACCAGUGAAUCCGGUCAUCAAAAGAUCGGAUAAACCGGUGAACCCGAAAAUGGAGAAAGCGAACGGACCAGUGGACAUCUAUGACAUCCACGACAUCUGCGAGCCCGGCCUUUCGUUUGAGGCGGCCAUCUUGCGCUUCAAAGCCAUGAUGCAAACAGAUGACGAUCAGCUGGAGGCCCAGCAGCGCCUGGUGUGUCGUGACCUUGAGGCGACCUUCGGCCACAUCCUGCCCGGAGUCAAGGCCAAGCUGUUCGGGUCCUCUCAGAUCGGAUUGCGGCUCAAGGACAGUGAUACUGACAUUUUCAUGGAUUGUCCCAGCGGUCAACCGCAACGCAAUUUCGUGCAGAAAUACGGCUACCUCAUGUUCGACAAUAAGUGUUUUGAAAAAGUAGUGAAAAUCGCGACAGCUCGAGUUCCCAUUAUGACCUUCAAUCACGUAGAAACGGGACUACUGUGUGACGUCACCUUCCUCAACAAACUCGGUCUCAAAAACAGUGAAAUGCUGAGGUUCCUCCUAUCUUUGGAUCCCCGUAUCAGGGAUCUCGCUCUGAUCGUCAAGUAUUGGGCCAAAGUUCACGAACUGGCCAGUUUGGGCAAUUACUCCAACUACGCCAUCACUUUUAUGGUCAUAUAUUACCUCCAACAACUUCCUGAACCGCUCGUGCCACCCAUAUACCACCUCCAAAAACUAGCUGAUAAAAAGGAGGUGUGUGAAAACUGGGAUUGUAGUUUCUGUAGUGAUGUCAACAAGCUACCCAAAAUCACCAACACAUCUACAACCAAAGAAUUACUUUUAGGUUUCUUCGAUUAUUGGGCGUGUUUCGACUUUGAGAGAAACUUAGCGUGUACUCUGUUGGGUAGAACGUUCCAAAAAUCUGAAUUUCAAGAUUAUGAAAAUCUACCGGAUGAGUUGGAAGGAUACAAACGGCAUGCAAGAGAGGUACACGCACAGUUAGAGGCUGAUAAGCUGUUAGAGACAGCGGUAGACAAGGAGCAGAAGCUGACUUUCAACGAGAAAAGGUCGAAGUUGAGCUUCUUUGAGAAGAUCCAUGCGUUGAACUACGAUCUCCCGGUAUGUAUACAGGAUGCGUUUGAUUUGAGCUACAAUAUCACGCGUAUGAUAAGGGAGCCGUUGUUGAAAAGAUUCCAGUGGUUGUGUGAGUAUGCACGUGACGAGGUUUUGUCGAAACAAGAAGAUGGAAAAGCGUUAUUAGAUCUGUUUUUGCCACCCAAAAACAAACCACCUGAGAUUGUGACUCAUGAAUUCACCAAUCAGAAAGAUCUCUUCAUGGAUAACUAUACCAUUCUCGGGGUGAACUUGAAAGAAGAGCGUUACAAAGAGGUGUGGUUCAUUUUGGCGAGACUUACCCUUGUUUUUGUGCUGACUCAUAUCUAUUGCCUGGAGUUUGAGAUGGACGACUCGAACGAGACGAAAGCGAUAAUGAGCAGUGAGAGGAUGGAGUUGAUUGAUAAUGUCUAUCGCACGGUUUGCAUGAAGAUGAAGGGAGCCAGUACCGUGUUCCAUAACCGAGUCCAUUCAAGGAAACGACUGCUGAUGACAAAUGAUGCCUUCAUCAACGAGUGCGUAGUAACCCGCGAGAUCAUCAUGUUUCUCCGAAACAAGGAGCGUGAAAAAGGUGAUUUCUCAGAGAAAUUACUGGGCAACUUUACGAUGAAAAUCAGAUUUUUCUGUUUCCCUGAGGAACCACGUCCUCGCCUUAUGGUACAGUUCAUUAACUGUAAAUCCCCCCACUUCAAUACGGUUUCAAACUCGCUGAAUGCUGUUCUAUUGUCCGGCUUUCAGCGCAACAUUGAAAGAUGCAUCAAAGAAAAUAAUCUGCCUGUGAAGGAGUAUUUGAGGGAUGGCGGUGGUGAUUGGUAUGACUUUGCCAACUACUUUGAGGAUUUUGUAAGGAACUGUACGGAGAAGGGGAGGGGCUUGUGUGAGGAUCCCAGGUAUGCUAUAGUCUUACAAAAAACUGAGACCAUUCAAAAUGAUAAAAAGGAGGAAGAGUCCACUUGAUCUCUAUCUUGUGCUGAGUGUUUGAUAGUCAUUUCAAAAUGGUUACUAAUGGCUAGUGAUUACUAGUGACUUACUAGUUACUAAAAAUGGUUACUAUAGUGAGGUCCACGUUAUAAUGACAGUAUUUGAUCAACUUUGGUUUUGCUAUCCUUGUCCAUCCUUUUCUAGGUCCACAACGAUGCCAAUUAUGUUUUUGACAGUGUAGAAAUAUAAUUUAUUAAUGCAGAGAAUCGGCAUCGCUAUUCUUCUAUCUUCAUCUACUGCCAUUAUAACGUGGACCUCACUAUAGUACUUGGUUACUAAUACUGCCUAUUCAAGGCGGAUUCCCACAUAUAAGUGAACGUGUUCAAAGGUGACAUUUCAAAUCCUCCGUAUGCUUCUAAUCGAGCACAACUCUUUUUCAUCCUAGUCAGUAACACACUGUCUUUCACAAUUUCAUAAAUAUAUAUUCUUUUUAUUCAACGAUAGAUUGCUAUCUAGUCUAGGGACUAAUGAGCAACUUUUUUCUGUACCAUAAUACUAAUAAAUAUUUCAUACAAAAGAAUCCUCCUUAGGGUCUCCUAUUCAAAUUCUAAUAUUAUUAGUACACUGCUUAUGACUGUACUACACAGGCGGGUUUCACUCAUUUCCUGCUUGCUUUGCUUUUCACUGGACACAAGACACUUGAAUCAGCACUAGACCAGUUCAAAUGGCUUCUUCCUUUUCAUCCUCCUCACCAAUCCUCAAUUUUCCAGUAGCUGGAUUGCUUCGAUGUUGUCGUAUUGGUGGAGUCGGGCCGCUUGUUUCUCUGCAUGCCUCUGGAUUUCGCUGCAUACCAGGUCGACUUGCAGGUCUCUGUGUAGGUCGCUGUUUCUGACGUACCAAGGAGCAUCAGCAAUGUUUCUCAGCACCUUGUUUUGAAAGCGUUGUAUGACUUUGAUGUUACUGUCUUUGGUACACCCCCAAAGUUGUAUGCCAUACCUACAUACUGGCUUUAGAAUCUGUUUAUACAGGAGUACUUUGUUUGGAAUUGACAAGAUGGAGUUCCUUCCAAUCAGCCACCAGAGUCUCUUGUAUUUUAUUCCCAGCUCUUCUCUCUUCUUCUUAACAUGGACCUUCCAGCGAAGCUUUGCAUCCAAGGUCAUACCUAGGUACCUGGCAUCAUUGGCAAAUGGUACUAUUUGAUUGUUAAUGGUUAUUGGUAUGGGUUGAGCCCUCUUGUUGGUGAAAUCGAUAUGAACUGAUUUUGCUUCAUUGAGUUUAAUCUUCCAUUUUGUUGUCCAGUCUUCAAUUUUUCUGAGAUAUCUUUGAAGUUUUGCUGUAGCACUUUCAAUCUUGUCAUCUAUAUCUAAUAUUGCUGUGUCGUCGGCAAAUGUUGCUAUUGUAUUAUUCUCGAGACAUGGUAGAUCACUUGUAAACAGAAGAUAGAGAAUCGGCUCUAAAACACUCCCUUGUGGUACUCCUGCUUUUAUUUCUCCUAGGCCAGAAUAAGCAUCUUCAAGUUUCACUCUGAAGUAUCGUCCAGUUAAAUAUGACUGUAAGAUGUCUGUGAAUUGCUUUGGAAGUGACUUUUUCAACUUAUUAAUUAGUCCUCCAUGCCAGACUCUAUCAAAAGCUUGACUCACAUCCAGAAAUGCUGCAGAACAAACUUUUUUCUCUUCCAACGACCUUUCUAUUUUAUUUACAAUCCUGUGUACCUGAUCAAUAAUUGUUGAAUGUUUUUUCCUGAAGCCAAAUUGAUGAUCUGGUAUCAAUUUUUUCAUUCCAAUAAUCGGAGUCAGCCUUUUCAACAAUAUUCUUUCAAAAAGUUUUGACAUUACUGGAAGCAGAGAUAUUGGCCGGUAUGAUGAGAUGUUGUGGGGCUCUUUUCCAGGUUUUGGGAUUAUUAUCACCUCAGCUACCUUCCACAUGCAAGGAACAUAUUUGAGUCUAAAAAUCUGUGUUUACCAGAUGAUCAGCAAAUGCUUGAAUUUUUCUGUAUUGCUUUUAGCCCAUGAGCUAUCCUGUUUCCUAAUUGGUGGUGCAUGCUGAAUGGGUCUUUUCAAUUUCCUGGCUGCCUUCCAGAGAGAGUAGUCGGUGCUUUCAUCUCCUGCUAGAUUUCUCAGAUAAUGAUUCAUCGAUUCAUUCUUAAUUUGUUGGAUUUCUCUUCUGAGCUGUUGAGUUAAAUGAUUAAGUUGUCUUUUAUCUUGUUUGUUUUUCUUUUGGAAUUCUUUCCAAGCUCUCCUAGACCUAGGAAAAAAAACAAUUUCAUAUGACAAUAUACUCACUUCUGCUCCUGUAUCUAAUUUGAAGUUUACUGGUAUAUUUUCAAUUGAUAAUGUUUUAAACCAAGCCUUUUCAUUGACAGUGUUAACUAGAUGUACUGAAUCAAUAAACUCGUGAGCAUCAACUAUUGCUGUUGAAUUUUCCACAAUAUUAUAAAAUGGUUGAGGUAACCU